UCUCUCUCUCUCUCUCUCUCUCUCUCUCUCUCUCUCUCUCUCUCUCUCUCUCUCUCUCUCUCUCUCUCUCUCUUUUUACUUCUUCUUCUUCACUUUCUCUCUGAAUCUGCCGUCACGCGGAAGCUUCCGAUUCAAAACACUCUCUACAUGCAUUGUUGUUGUACAACUACAACACUAUACGACGAGUCUUCAAGCUUCCGCGUCUUCUUCCUCUUUUGAGAAUCGCUUCUUCUUUCCUCCAUCGUUGGUUCACGAUUCUCUCUGCAAUGAGUGAUUUCUUCGAUGAGGGGAAGCAGCAAUUCGCAAGUGUUGCUGAUGGGAAUGCACCACUUAAGUAUCCAAGCUUCAAGCUACCUAAGUCGACUUUCGGAGAUACUGGCAAACAUAGCGCCAUUGAUGUUUUCCCACUUCUUGUCAAGGAGGCUGCAUUUCCUUUAAAAGAAGACCGUGACAUCGAUACUUCACUGGUCCAAGACGUGUGUACUAUCUCAGUCUUACCUGAUGAAGGAAAUACAAUCCCACAAUGUACCUCGCACUUUACUCUCCUGAGCUUCGUCAAGGCUCUGCUUCCAUCUAAAAAUCAGAUGUUGAUCGAUGCGCAACUGAAUUGUCAGAAAACGCAGAACCGCAUCAAUGUGCUACUGGGAGGCACUGAUUCCUAUCAAUCAUGCGUUGUGGACAUAAACGUCGAGAAAGGGAAUGGUGGUGAGACUGUGACAUCUCAUGACGAAGUUGUUGCAAGUAUGAAAUCCGAGAGUGUACAUAUGCAAAAGGUAUUACAGAGACAAGCAAGUUUGAGCACUGAUAAAGCUCUCUCCGAACGAUGCCACGAUGCACCAACAAACAGGUGGAGAAGAUACAAGCGUGCCGCUUCAUUUGAUUCAAGGAAAAUCGUCAUCCUAUUCUCCAUCUUAUCAAGUGUGGGAACAUUGAUAUUGAUCUACCUGACACUGAGAGUGAAGCAAAACGGAGACAACAACAACAACAGCUUCAAUCACAUGUAAACUGUAGCAUCUCUUUUGGCCUUUUCUCUCCUUCGUUGUCUCGCUGUUUAGAAUCUCUUCCCCAAACUUGUCUUUUGUUCCAAGUUUCAAAAUGUUGAUAAAAUAACACUUGCUCUUGCAAAUGCCUAAUUAACGUGUAACCAAACAAGAGGUUAAAAAAGUAGAAUCAAGAGUGCUUAGCAUCGUGAUUAUCGUUACUAUUCUCUUUAGUAUACAAAUAUAUACAAAGAUAAUACGAAUCUUCAAAAGUAUUUAACAAGUAUUAUAUGUUAAUGUCUGAGAUGAGUAAGCACAAACUAAUUCACUAAUCAACUU